ACCCCAUCACCCCGUACGGCCAUCAUCGAUUUGACAUUCUCGAAUUUGCUCACCAUCGUCAUCUCAACGACGACGACCUCGGGAGCUUCCACAAACUCUUUCUUACGCUAUGGUGAUCAUAGCUUCAUCAAUAAACACUAACUAAUAUCAUUAUUGUCUCGGCAUAGGCCAUCGAGCCAUCAUCAUCAGUGACCGUCUUCAACAUAUCUACCCAACAAUAGACAUCUACCACACAGUGUAUUUGGUUGACGCAACUAUGGCAUCUCCAGCUAACGCCCCAGGAAGUCAAAGCCAAACAUCCAUAUCUUCUGCGAAUCACCCAGACCAUAUAAUCCAUGGGAGGGAAAUUCCUCUUGAAACCCUGGUAUCACAUCUUCUUGCUUCUAAACGCUCCCUGUCAUCCAUCAAUACAGUAUGGCGCGCAAACGAAAUCGUCACCUCAGCAAAGAGCGCAUUGGAAGAGAGCGUAAUACUGAACGCUAGGACAGGAUUCUUACAAAGUGGUAUUAAUGAGCAGAUGAAGGUCUUGAUGAAAGUUAGGAAUAGCAUAGAGUGCGUGUAUAAUGAUGGUCAGAAGGAUUUCAAGGUGGGUGGUCGAGCUAUCGUAAUGAUGUGCAGGGCUGACCAUAAUACGCGUAGAAUGUUCUACAUACCCUCGAUGCCGCAAAUGCUCGACUUGAGUCUACAAUGGAUGUCCUAAGGUCAACAAUGGUGGAUGCGGCUUUUCGACCAGCUGGCGAGGAACCAAGAAGUUUGUUGGACUUUGUGGAUGAACAAGGUGUAGAAGGAAUGCGAGAUGGUUUGAAAGAGUUGAUUCGAGAGUCCAAGGCAAGAAGGUUUUUCUGAAUAUGCAAUUGUUCCGGUUAUUGACCUUGGUCUGUAGGAAGCGCAAAAAGAAUUCGAUACGUCUCUACUUUCUUUUGAUGACGAUCUACGCAGCUUGAGAUCGGGUUUCAAAAAUACCAAAGUAUCGCCGCCAGUUUAUUCUCCAAUACCAAGUCAUUUAGCAACACUAGAGGGACAUGCCCAGGAAAUGGCAUCGUUACUGUCAUCCCUUUCUAGUCAUUUCGACCUAUGCCUCAACGCCAUCAGACAUACGGAGGGAGGAUAUGCCGCUGUCAGAAACGCAGCAUCUAAUCCACCACCAGGCGCUGAGCCAGUAUCCGUCUCUGGCGUAAUGAAUACCUCCCACGAUGACAUAAACGAAGAACCCCUUACCGAACACGAGCGUGAAGAAAUGCUCUUCGUUCUCGAGAAAGACGCGGCAGAAGUUGAAGAUGUUGUCGUGGAACUUCGCGAUCGUCAAAAUGAAAUGGAAAUUAAACAUGAUGCAAUCCUCGAUCACGUUUCACAUCUCACCGAACAAUUUAAACAAACUACGGGUAUAUACAGAAUUUUAGAAGGAGUAUAUGAGCGACUUCCGGGAUAUAUCAUUGCAGGUCAAGAUUUCCGUGCUAGGUGGGAGGAUACCAAGGCGCAGAUACAUGGACAAAUGGAUGACUUGGAGGGAAUGCGACUCUUUUAUGAAAAUUAUCUUUCCUCAUAUGAUGGUCUCAUACUUGAAGUUCGGCGCCGUAGAGUCGCCGAGGAGAAAGUAAAGACGAUAGCAAAGAAGGCUAUGGAGCAAAUAAGCAAAAUAUACGAAGCAGAUAUGAAGGAGAGACAUGAUUUUAAACAUGACGUGGGGGACUAUUUACCCGUUGAUCUAUAUCCUGGCAUCAAUGCAGCAGCACCGAGAUGGGAAUUUAGGCUCAUGGAGGAUGAAGAAGUUGUAAAUAGUACUCAUUCAUUAGAGAGGGAGCUGAUGGAGAUAUCCAGUAAGAGGGAUGAAGGGAGGCAUAGAGACGAAAAGGGAAAUUGACAAUGUAGUCAAUAAACCGGAAGUUCUGAGAAGUUCUAACGACAUGUAAUUAUUGAUGAUGAAAAAGCAGAAUCAGCGAAGGUUUCCAAACCAUCUCAAAGUCAUAUUAAUAUCAAAACUUAAAUAGU